UAACGUGGAUUUUUGUGUUUAUCUGGAGAAAGGAAAACAGCACAAAAUCCAAUUUUCUGGCAAUAUUUGAUUGGAAACGUUUCAGAAUUGGAACUAGAAUGAACGGAAUGUACACGGACCAACCCUGCACUUUUUGUAUGCAACCUGUGAUCUUAAGAAAUGUAUGUUUACCUCCCGAGAACAAUAGCUGAAAUUUCGAAGGAGCCGUGAACGCAGCACAAGUGAGAGGUUGUUGUCAACAUGAGUCCACCUGUCCGCAUCAUCGUAGUCGGAGCAGGCUGCCGAGGGAGCAUUUACUCCCGCUAUGCAAUCAUCCACCCGGACCGUGUGCAGGUCGUCGGAGUCGCUGAUCCCAGCAAGUUUGCCCGCACCAAGUUCCGACAACUGUACAACAUAGCAGACGAGAACCUGUGUGAAGACUGGCACACUUUCGUGCAAAGAGACAAGUGUGCAGACGCUGUUUUGAUUUGCACGCCCGACCAACUUCAUAAGGAGCCGGCAGUGGCCUUUGCAAAGAAAGGCUUCCAUAUUCUACUGGAGAAACCAAUGGCUACAACUGUUGAGGACUGCUUGGAGAUCGUGAAGACGUGUUCUCAGAACGGCGUGAUGCUGUGCGUGGGUCAUGUUCUACGGUAUCAUCCCUCCAUUUGCAAGAUAAAGGAGCUGUUAGACAGCGGCGUCAUUGGUGACGUGAUCCACAUUCAGCACUUGGAGCAGAUUGGUUCUAAUCACUUCGCUCACUCUUACGUCCGCGGAAACUGGAGGAAUGAAGCCGAAAGCUCUUGUUCUCUUCUGGCCAAAUCCUGUCAUGACAUAGACCUGAUCCAUCACUGGGCUGGAGGGCGCAAGUGUUUGAAAGUGACGUCGUUUGGAUUUGUCAGCCACUUUAGUAAAAAUCACAAGCCAACAGGGGCUGCCAAUCGCUGCCUGGACUGUUCAGUAGAAGACACCUGUCCUUACUCUGCUAGCAAAAUCUACCUGAACCCAGUGAAGCAGGGCUACACGGGCUGGCCAGUGUCCAUCAUAUGUCACAGUGCCGCCCCAGACAUCGAGACCGUAACCGAGGCUCUGAAGACUGGUCCGUAUGGCCGCUGUGUCUAUGAGUGUGACAACGACGUCUGCAGUAACCAGGUUGUCAACAUGGAGUUUGAAGGUGGUCUGACAGCAGCCUUUUCUAUGGUGGCUUUCACCAAGGAGCUCUGCGUUCGAAGAACCACAAUCUAUGGCAGCAUGGGGGAGUUGUCGCUUUUAAACAACGAGGUUCGCGUCUUCGACUUUCUGACCCAGAAAACCACCAAACACGUGGCGGCGGUGAACGCCCGUGAGGAGUUUGGCCUGACUGGACACGGUGGAGCAGAUUACCUCCUUAUAGACUCCUUUAUUUCUGCUGUGACGAACAAUGACCCAUCCUUAAUCAUUUCUGAUGCUGAGGAGUCGCUGAAAAGCCACUUGCUGGUGUUUGAGGCGGAGCGUUCAAGACGAGAAGACCGGGUUAUUCAUUUGGACCAAUCUGGAUGAUCUCACCAAUCGGGUGGAAUAUUACUGCUUUACUCAUUACUUGGGAAUUUGUCGCAUGGGGGCGCUAAUAUUUUUAAGACGCUAUUUUUAUAUACCUUCACACUGUGUGCAUUGUUCAGUCCCUCCAGGAUUUUACAGGAUUUUUUUUUGUUGUUGCUAUUGUUGCAGCCUAAAAUACCUUAUCUCGCAGCAGCUUUUUUUCCAAAAGUUGCAACAUUUUGAGAAUUGUUUUUUCAUUGCGUUAGUUUGGGAUUGUAUAACUUUGCUAUCAAUGUUUUUUUGUAACCAUAACCCUAAGCACAGGGUUUUGACGAAUCAAAACCAAAUAUGCUUUAUUGGCAUGGCUUUUACCCAGGGCUGCUCCUGUGUAGGGCCCCGCUAUUGGUAGGGGUCUUGUUUCGCGUGUAAAAAGUGAUGACGGUGCACUUCAAAUGGAUUUUUACCACAAGUGUGUUUCUAACCCUUUCCUGCUCUGUUAAUAAGAAUAUAAUGGCUGGUCAUGUGUCAGGAAGACACGCAAAUUCAUGUUUAAUUAUGUUAAAUUUGUUAUUUUGCACACGUUUUUUUAAAAUUUAUUUAUUAAUAAGUAUAAAAAUUGUUUCACAAAAUGUAAUUGGGGGAAUGUUCUCAGGAUCUUGCAAGCCUUUUUGAGAUGCUUGAUUUUGCAAGAGUUUUUACCAAAAAUUGCAAUGAAGUUGCAGGUUUUCUUAGGUGCUGUAAUAAAUCAUUGAUUUACCAUCUGUGUAAUUUAUAAUAGGGAAGAUGGAAGUUGAAAAAUAAGUAACAUGA